CCAAAAGCAAAAGCAAAAGCAGUCCUGUCAGCUGUCGGAGCUUUUCUUUCUUUCUUUUUGCACCCCUUCUCCAUAUCUCCUUGUCUGUUUCACAAUCAUGGCAGGCAUCUUCGAGGCUCCGCGGAAUGCGGACACCCUUUUCUUGGGUGGGCAGAAAAUCACCGGUGCUGAUGUACGGGAGCAGAACGUCCUUGCUACGCAGGCGAUCGCAAAUGUCGUCAAGAGCUCCUUUGGCCCCUCCGGCUUGGACAAGAUGAUGGUGGAUGACAUCGGUGAUGUUACGGUGACGAACGACGGUGCGACUAUCCUCAGUCUUCUCGAUAUCGAGCACCCCGCCGGAAAAAUCCUCGUCGACUUGGCUCAACAACAGGAUAAAGAGGUUGGUGAUGGUACCACGUCGGUCGUUUUGAUUGCUGCAGAGCUCCUGCGAAGAGGCAACGAAUUGAUGAAGAACCGCAUACACCCCACGACCAUUAUCAACGGUUACAGACUCGCCCUGAGAGAAGCCGUCAAAUAUAUGAAUGAGAACAUCACUACGAAGGUCGAGACCCUGGGCAAGGACAGCCUGGUCAACAUCGCCAGGACUUCCAUGUCCAGCAAGAUCAUCGGCGCAGAUGGCGACUUCUUUGCCAACAUGGUCGUUGACGCCAUGCUGGCGGUCAAGACCAUCAACCAGAGAAACGAGGUCAAGUACCCCGUCAAGGCAGUUAACCUGCUGAAGGCACACGGAAAGAGCAGCAAGGAGUCGGUCCUGGUCAACGGCUACGCCCUCAACUGCACUGUCGCCUCCCAAGCCAUGAAGACUCGGAUAACCGAUGCGAAGAUUGCCUGCUUGGACAUGAACUUGCAGAAGGAGAGGAUGAAGCUUGGUGUUCAGAUCACAGUCGAUGAUCCCGAUCAGCUGGAGAAGAUCCGCGAGAGAGAAGCCGGCAUCGUCCUGGAGCGUGUCGAGAUGAUCCUCAAGUCCGGAGCUAAUGUCGUCCUCACCACCAAGGGUAUUGACGACAUGGUGCUCAAGCUUUUCGUGGAGAGAGGUGCCAUGGCCGUCCGCCGUUGCAAGAAGGAGGAUCUUCGCCGGAUCGCCAAGGCCACCGGUGCCACCUUGGUGAGCAGCCUGUCAGACUUGAACGGUGAUGAGAAGUUCGAGGCCUCGAACCUGGGUCACGCAGAGGAGGUUGUGCAGGAGCGGAUAUCCGAUGAUGAGUGCAUCCUUGUCAAGGGCACCAAGGUACACACCUCGGCGUCCAUCAUCCUGCGGGGCCCCAACGACUUCACUCUGGAUGAGAUGGAGCGUUCGGUGCACGACUCCCUCUGCGCCGUGAAGCGGACGUUGGAGAGCGGCAGCAUUGUCCCCGGUGGUGGUGCCGUCGAGACGGCUCUUCACAUUUACCUCGAAGAGUUCGCUGUCACAGUUGGCUCUCGCGAGCAACUCGCCAUCGGUGAAUUCGCCCAGUCCCUCCUGACUGUCCCCAAGACCCUGGCCGUCAACGCCGCUAAGGACUCGUCCGAGCUUGUCGCCCAGCUCCGUGUCCGACAUGCUCUGUCGCAGCGUGUGCAGGACGGCGAUGCCAACGAGGAGGAGAAGGCUAUUGCCAAGAAGAAGACCUACCGCAACUAUGGUCUCGACCUGACCAAGGGUCGUGUUCACGACACCCUCAAGGCCGGUGUCCUCGAGCCUAGCAUGGGUAAGAUCAAGCAGCUGAAGAGUGCCGUCGAGGCUUGCAUUGCCAUUAUGCGUAUCGAUACCAUGAUCAAGUUGGACCCGGAGAGGAAGGAGGAUGAUGGACACGGUCACUAAAUCAAGCUUGGUGGUGUCCUGCUUGCUUUGGUCAACCCACUCUACCCCAAUUCCAUCUUUUCCCUGUUUCUUCAUGUGGAGUUCUUAGAUAUUUAGGACGAAGGAAGAGGAAAAGUAUAAUCAAGAUAUGAAG